CCUCGGCUCCUGCACACCCGGGGUAGCUGGGACCGUUAGCUCGCCGGGCUGGCCAGCUGCGGGGCCCAGCUCUGCCGUCGGCCGGGAUGGAGACGAUGCGAGCGCAGCGGCUGCAGCCCGGCGUAGGUGCCGGCGGGCGAGGCACUCUGCGAGCGCUGCGGCCGGGGGUGACCGGGGCCCCGCCGAGCGCCGCCACACCCCCCGCGGGCCCGCCGCCCGCCCCGCCGCCCCCCGCCCCGCCCCCGCCGCCGCUGCUGCUGGCUGGGGCCCCCGGGCUGCCCCUGCCCCCCGGCGCCUCGGGGAGCCCGGCCGUGCUGCGCGAGGCCGUGGAGGCGGUGGUGAGGAGCUUCGCCAAGCACACGCAGGGCUACGGCCGAGUGAACGUGGUGGAGGCACUUCAGGAAUUCUGGCAGAUGAAGCAGUCCCGGGGCGCUGACCUGAAGAAUGGGGCUCUGGUGGUGUACGAGAUGGUCCCUUCCAACAGUCCUCCGUAUGUCUGCUACGUCACUCUGCCUGGGGGGAGUUGUUUUGGGAGUUUCCAGUUUUGCCCCACAAAAGCUGAGGCCCGGCGAAGUGCUGCGAAGAUUGCACUAAUGAACUCCGUGUUUAACGAACAUCCAUCCCGAAGAAUUACUGAUGAGUUCAUUGAGAAGAGCGUCUCAGAGGCCCUGGCAUCUUUCAAUGGUAACAGAGAGGAAGCAGACAACCCGAAUACAGGGAUUGGCGCGUUCCGAUUCAUGCUGGAGUCUAAUAAGGGCAAGUCAAUGCUGGAGUUCCAGGAGCUAAUGACAGUUUUUCAGCUGCUGCACUGGAAUGGCAGCCUUAAGGCCAUGAGGGAAAGACAGUGCUCUCGACAGGAGGUGUUGGCUCAUUAUUCACACCGGGCCCUGGAUGAUGAUAUUCGCCACCAAAUGGCUUUGGACUGGGUGAGCCGGGAGCAGAGUGUGCCGGGGGCACUGUCUAGGGAGUUGGCCUCCACUGAACGGGAGCUGGAUGAAGCCCGGCUGGCGGGCAAGGAGCUGCGCUUCCACAAGGAGAAGAAAGACAUUCUCAUGCUGGCUGCGGGGCAGCUGGGCAAUAUGCACUCCUCCAGCUGCUGAGCAUCUGCUGCCCUCAAUCGCCACGCCCUUCAGCCCUUUUUUGUAUGUCUCCUUUCUAAGGCGUAGGAUGAUUUCUGUAUAUACUUUCUCAAUUUUAUACUUUAAAAUAUAGAGAGAUAUAUAUGUAUAAAUUCUA